AUCUAGUAUUAGAGAUUUUGAGAGAAAGUUUUUAACUACUCAUCGUUAUCUUUUUGAGAAAGACGUUGAAAACAUUAUUCCCGAAGAAAUAAUGAUCCAAUUUGUCCAUUUAUUGUCUUCCCAAAACGAUAGUCUUCAAAGUCUGGGUUCAUUACUGAAAAAGAUUAUAUUUAUUCUUAUUUUUACGGUUUGGGAUUUGCGAAAUUGGACAGCUCCAAAUCGAGCCACUGAGCUUCGAAAUAUAGAAUCCAUGACUAUAGGGUUAGGUUUUGGAUUUUUGGUUCCUAUUGUGGAAAACAUAAAUCUGGCAUGGGAUUCUGGGAAUGAGUCCAAUUCAACUGUAUUAGAAUGUUUGCCUGCUGUUUCUAUAUGGUGCCAAUAUCUGGGAACAUUAAUGGAUCUUUUAAGUCAGUUGUAUAGCUAUUCUAAAUCUAUUGAGAAAGAAAAUGAAAGGAUAGCAGGAAUAUUUUUAACGAAUAUGAGAAAUUUUUUCAAAUCAUUUGUCAGUAUUCUCAAUAACUCAAAGACUUGUGAUUUAUUGGGCGCGAAUUAUGACCUUGCAGAAUUGGCAAAACAUUCCAUUCUUGAGGAUAUGGAAUUUUUAGGGUCUUUUGAUAUUCUUCAUUAUGACGACUCUGUGGGACAAUUUACGCUAAUUGAUGAAGAAAGUAAGAAAAAAGAGCGUCAACAACGUAUGAUGAAAUUAAUGGCACAACAACGUUUAAAAGACGAAAUUGACACAAUGGAAAACAAGCUGCAGAAGUUCGGAGUUUCUUCUCGUCCCAACCAUAUUCCUCUUCCUGAAAACGCUGUAUCAAAGCCUAAAAUCUCGCAAAAACAAUGUGUUGUUGAUAUCAGCGUUAUUCUUAACCAUUUGAAUUCGGUUAAAAAUUGGGUUGCGGAUGAAAAGUGCACAGUGAUUGUACCUUUAGAUGUUAUUGAUUCCUUAGAUCUGAUCAAAAAGGGUAAUAAUCAAGAAAAU